AUUGUUUUUAAUCUGCAGAAUGAUCAGUCGACAGGAGAGAUAAAAGUGAUCGGUGGGGAUGACCUCUCAACCUUAACUGGAAAGAAUGUAUUAAUUGUUGAGGAUAUUAUUGACACGGGCAAAACGAUGCAGACUCUGCUGAGCAUGUUGCAAGAAUACAAACCCAACAUGGUGAAGGUGGUGAGUCUGCUGGUUAAACGAACUCCACGAAGUGUUGGAUAUCGACCAGACUUUGUUGGUUUUGAAGUUCCUGACAAAUUCGUGGUUGGAUACGCACUUGAUUAUAAUGAAUACUUUAGGGAUUUGAAUCAUAUUUGUGUAAUCAGUGAAAAGGGAAAACAGAAGUACAAGGCAUGUGGAUAGACGAUUGGAGAUGUUGACUGAAACCCUACAGAAGAUACCCGUGCCCAUCGCCAUGUACGUCGCUAUUUGUGAAUCUAGAUAUUUAAAGGGCCCAUCAUGAACAUGCUUAAGAAGUGUUUAUUUUUGUACUGUAAUACAUAAAGCUAGACUC